AUGGAGGGGGGGGUCGGGUUGGGCUCGGAGGAAGAAACAGAAGGCUCCUGGAUGCUGUUAUCCUGGCUGGCUUCCAGCCUCAUGGUUUUUGGGGGUUCCUUGCCCUAUGUGCCCCAGUACCAGGAGAUCCAGAGGAGCAGCAACACUGAAGGCUUUUCUACCAGAGUGUGUCUGGUCUUGCUCAUCGCCAAUAUCCUGAGAAUCUUCUUUUGGAUCGGAAAGCAGUUUGAACUGACUUUACUGCUCCAGAGUGUGGUGAUGAUCCUCACCAUGUUUGCAAUGCUUCAUCUCUGCUGCGGCAUCCAAAACAGCAACCGUGUGAGCACAAAGCAGCAUCGACUCUCAGACUUGGAUCUCCACUACUUCUGGAAGUGGAACGCGUUUGAGGACUACCUUCUCUUCUGUUUUGGCCUCGGCGUCCUAUGUGCCGUGCUCACCAUGCUGCUGCUGGACUCGGCCUUGUUCGUAGAGAUGCUGGGUUCUCUGGCCGUGCUGUUUGAGGCCAUGUUAGGCCUCCCUCAACUACUGCAGAAUUUCCACAACCGCUCUACCAAAGGCAUGAGUGUGAAGAUGGUGCUGCUGUGGAUGGCAGGAGACGUCUUCAAGACAUCCUACUUUGUGAUAAACCAAAGCCCAUCUCAGUUCUGGCUAUGUGGUUCUGUCCAGAUCUUCAUCGAUGUGGCCAUUCUCCUCCAGGUGGUCUCAUACAACCAGGACACACGUAUCAAACUCGGCUAA